GAAAAUGUAACACACUGUCGUCAUGUUUUGUCGCGUCUGGGGUGUUCCCGCUAUUUUGUGUCGCUAAAGCAGCAAAGCUAAACUAGCUAGCUUGUUGUUGAUUCCUAGUCAGCCUACUGGGAAGAGGCCGCCCACCUUCGAGGCUGAAACCCACAGUAUUAGCCAACUUUCACAGAGGCUAGGCUAACCCUGGCUCCCCCGCGGACUUUUGCUUCCUCUUCGGCUUGAAAAUACAAAUACCACUGGCUGUUACACCAGUCGUUAGUUAGCUGUUUUGCUAGCAGCACAGUGGAGAAGCUGCCUGCUGUCGCGGUGCUGAUUACCGUCCAGCCUCAAACUCACGGUGGGUAUACAUCCGGAGGCAGUGAAACAGUUUUUUUGAAUGUCUAAAAGUGAGCCAGAAGAGAUGAUAGAGAUUGAGAUAGACGAACGGGAGAAACAGGCAUGCCUGGAAGAAGGUGUCGAGGAACAGACCAUCACUGCGUCAGACCUGAUUCAGCAAGAUAUCGACAUAAAUGAGCCAAUUGGUAAUCUGAAGAAGCUUUUAGAGCCUCGUAUCCAAAUCUCAUUGGAUGCUUAUGAAAUCUGCUUGCAGGACAUUCAGCUCCACCCUGAUCACAGUCUCUUCGAUCAGGGAGUAAAGACUGAUGGCACAGUGCAGCUCAGCCUGCAGAUUAUAACCAAACCAGGAGAGGAGAAACUGAACAUUUUGGAGAUCGUAAAACCAGUAGAAACAGUAGAAGUAGUGAUUGAUCCAGAUGCAGCAGGAGAAGAGAGCGCUCUGGUGGAGGAGGGACAGCUUAUUGCUGUAGAGCGGUCUGCCCUGUCUGAUGAGACCUCAGAGCAGGUUACACGUUGGGCCGCAGCUCUUGAAGGCUACCGGAAAGAGCAGGUCCGCCUAGGCAUACCAUACGACCCUCUGCUCUGGAGUGCUGAUCAGGUGAUCCACUGGGCUGUGUGGGUAAUGAAGGAGUUCAAUAUUGAUGAGAUGGAAAUAGGCAGCAUUCACAUCCCAGGUCGAGAGCUCUGCAUUUUCACCCAGGAGGAGUUCCUUCAGAAAGUGCCCAAUGGAGAGAUACUCUGGAGUCACCUGGAACUCCUCCGCAAAUAUGUGUUGGCUAGCCAGGACCAGUCUGGAGCAGACGCCACUGUCACUAUUGAUCAGCCUGUGCAGAUAAUCCCAGCUCAAGUGAGCACACCCACUGCUAUAAAGGUGUUGAAGCAGAACCGUGGUCCCAGAGCACCUCGUAUUUCAGGAGAAGAGCGCAGCUCACCUGGUAACCGCACAGGCAACAAUGGUCAGAUCCAGUUGUGGCAGUUUCUGCUUGAGCUGCUGACAGACAAGGACUCAAGAGACUGCAUCUCCUGGGUAGGCGAGGAGGGAGAGUUCAAACUCAACCAGCCUGAGCUUGUGGCACAGAAAUGGGGCCAACGUAAGAACAAGCCUACCAUGAACUACGAGAAGCUCAGUCGAGCGCUCAGAUAUUACUAUGACGGGGACAUGAUCUGCAAGGUGCAGGGCAAGCGCUUUGUGUACAAGUUUGUGUGUGACCUGAGGACUCUGAUUGGCUACAGCGCUGCUGAACUCAACAACCUGGUGACCGAGUGUGAGCAGAAGAAACUGGCUCGCAUGCAGAUGCACGGCAUCGGGCAGCCAAUCACGACAGUGACCCUGGCCGCCACGACGCUAGACAAGGAUAGCUGAAGGAGGUCACAUUACAGCGGUCGUCAGGUGGUGUGGACAAAGUGUGCGCUUCACAGCUGAUUAGAAACCACACGUCUCUCACACAGAAAUGCAAAGCUGAUCUCUGAUCAGUGUGGAUUACCAACUUUCUUAUUGUCUUUACAGUUUCAUGAGGCAGGUAAAGUUUUCUUUUUUUUAGCUUUUCUGUACUUCUAACGAAGAGAAGCGUGUCCAGGAUGAAGGGAGAAUGUCUUUCUGAUUACUGAUUGUUGUGUGCAUGUCACUGAAUGCUUGAGUGUGACUGAAAAAUCCAGUUAAGAGCUUUGUGUUGUGUGCUCCUCGUCUGUAGUUUAGGACCAUUUCCACUGUAUAUACCGGCAUUUCAUGUUUUUGAUAGCCACAAUGGCAAGUGUAUUUUCAUAUUUUCCAUUUAUAGAGGACCCGUUUUGUAUUUUAUUUAGUGUUUGUUCCCUGAAUUAUUGGACCCUUUUUGUCCACUAGGGGGAAUAAAGUGGCAAGCCUUUUCUUAA